GUUCAGUUGUGUGACCGCAUUUAAAUAACUGCUCUCGUUUUCUGUUGUAGGUUGAGCAGUUUGUCGUCUGUAAGUGACGGAGCAUCAGAACGAAGGUCUCCUGGACACCAGCGCCAAACUACCGACGACUACAACGAGUCAACUGGUUUGGUUCAACGUUGCGUUGUUGUACAGAGGGACCAAAAUGGCUUUGGCUUCACCGUCAGUGGGGACCGGAUUGUCCUUGUCCAGUCUGUGCGCCCAGGGGGCGCUGCGAUGCGGGCGGGUGUACAGGAAGGUGACCGCAUUGUGAAGGUAAAUGGCACUUUGGUGGCAAACAGCUCUCACAUCGAGGUGGUCAAACUCAUUAAGUCCGGGACCUACGUUGCACUCACACUGCUGGGUUCCCCUCCGCCUUCCAUGGCGACAUCCGGUUAUCAACAUGACCACAGCUCCUCUGCAUCUCCUCGGAACACCUGGUCUUCUCCUGUCCCGCCUCCUCCCCCUCUUCCCCCGCCCCAGAGGAUCACAGGGCCUAAACCACUACAGGAUCCUGAGGUCCAGAAACAUGCCACUCAAAUCCUGCGCAAUAUGCUGAAACAAGAGGAGUCAGAACUACAGACUCUGUGUGAAGUUUAUAACAGAACCCCAAAUCCCAGCCUACAGGAGCAGAUAGAAGGGGCCAGAAGGAGAGUCUACCAACUGCAGCUAAAGAUUCGCCAAGAAACGGCGGGGCCCGGAGAUAUACUGCGUUCUUACAGCGACUGCAGCUCUGCAGGACACAGAGCACCAGAAAGCCGUCUUUCUGUGGAUUCACAAGAUGGUGACAGUGGCUUGGAUUCUGGAACGGAAAGGAUACCGUCUAUUAGUGAGUAUUCCAUGAAUCGAACCUCUGUUCUAUCUGACCUGGGAUUGGACAGCUCUCAUACCUCCCCAGUCAUCUCUACGAAGAUUUUCCAGCACCGGCGGCAGGGCUCAGAUACCGCCUUUAUUCCAGGAACAGACCAGACCGACAACAGCCGACCUCCAAUCAUAUGCCCAGAAGAUGAUUAUGACCAUGGUGACUAUAUAACCGAGUACGACAGUCUAGACUUGGAGAAGCUCAAAGCCCGGCCUGCCCAUAUGGGGGUGUUUAUGAGAUACAUCUUCUCUCAAGCUGAAGCUGACCCGAAUCCACUG